AUGGCCCGGCGGCUGCUCCACCUCCGGCCCCGCCUCCAGGCGCUCGCCCCCCGCCUCGUCCCUUCGCGGCCGUACAUGUCCGACAUGCGCCGCUCGGUCUUCCUCGACCGCCUCCUCCGCUCCCUCCGCUCCGAGAUCUCCUCCUGCAGCCCCGAGCCCGCGCCGCCGCUGCCGCCCUCCGCCGCGCCGUUCUCCGUCGACGACCGUCCCGGCGAGCAGUGGGUGCGCCUGCGCCGCGCGUUCGGGGAGCAGGGGGAGGAGGAGGAGGUCAGGGUGGAUGCCUCGAUGGUCGACGGCGCCGUGGCGCCCACCCGCUCCGGCGUGGUCGCCGAGGACGGCGGGCCACAGGACAGGAUGCACAUCAGCGUCCACGUCGAGGUCACCAAGCCCGCGCGGCCUGACUUUGCGCUCAAGUUCGAGUGCUCUGCCUGGCCCGAGGAGAUGGACGUGGAGAGGGUCUUCCCCGUCCGCCUCAGCGGGCCAGCGCCGGAGCAGCAAUACAUGGGCCGACAGUUCAGGUGA